AAUUUCCUUAUUUCUGUAAAGUUGGUUGUUUAUUUAUACCGGACAUUAUAAUCAUUGUACAACAGAAUACUCCAUAAAAAUAAUUAUAGAAUAAAAACACAAAUAAAUAAAGCGAACACACGUACAAUAACUAUAUGCAUUCGAUAUUUCAGUUUAUAUUAAUAGACAGCAAUCACGUGUAUCCAAAAACGUCGCGUCAUUUCAGUCCGAGCCAAAACAAAAUUAUUAUUUUGAAAAUACUAUUGUUUCGUCAUUUAACCGAGUGAUGCAUAUGACGUCACAAUAUACGAGACGUCACAAUGUCCAUUCAUAACAUUGCAAAUUUUCGUUUAGCAUGAAAUGCCAACCAACGACCGCCUUCAAAAGCUUUUAAGAAGUGAAGAAUACUCCGAAUUUAAGGAACAAAAUGUUAUUUUAGAAUCUCAGUUUGUUGAAUUGACUCACAGAGGAGAUCCUAUAAAAGUCGUUCUGAUAGGAAUCACCGAAGAAUUGUUCAUUGUGGCAACUGACGUCAUCAACGAUCUACGGAAGUCGCGUGCUAGCGUCCUGAUGACGGAUGUUGACCCGGACACCAUGGAUCUGGAACUGGAGUGGGUGGUGCCAAACUUACAGGUGAUCCCCGUGCCCGUGCAUAACGAGCACGUGCUGGACGUGCGCGGACACAAUGACCACCACCGAUAUUUCCUGGUGUCAGCUACUCGGGGGAAUGGUAGCGAGAAAAGGGUUUGGACCAAGUGGAUGAAAUACCUGGCGAAACACAAUCCAGAGCCUGACCAGUUUCUUCAGGAAAUUCCCAAAUCUAGAAUCUCCUUAGGUAGCUUAUUUCACACAGAUAAAAAGUCAAGCACAGAAAUGCUUGUUAAAUCUUCCCUCAUUGAUGAUAAAAAGAAGAAAUCAUCGUCCAUUUUGAAGCAGUCUAAGGAGAAAAACGUCCAUUUUACUCCUCGACCGCAGUUUAAAAACUUGAUCCCAAUUGCAACAGAUCUGUAUGAUACAGCUGGUAUUGUAAAAGAGGAGCAGAAAGAGAGUUCCAGGACCUGCUUCUGUUUUCCAAGAAAGAAAAAAAGAUUGAAACACUGAUAUAAGCAGGGUCAUUCUACAAGCAAUCAAAAUUCUAUAUGUACAACUGCACAAAGUAUCAUCUAUAAAAUGACAAUUUAAGAGAUAAAUUAAAAAAAUAUUUAUAACUAAUUUCAGUAAUUUCAGAAUGAAUACUUCUUGUUUCAAUUUAGAAUUAAGAAUGAAGCAAAAUGACACAUCAAUUUUGUUUUUCCACUUAAAAAUAAUAAAUAAUUCA